AAACAAUACAGCGAUCGCAGGCUAGGCUAAUAAGCUGAGCUGAAACAAAGAAUCCAAAGCGGGUCUUUCAAACAUAGAUUUGCUAUCGUAAUGGACACGAUGGAAGUUUUCAAGACUAGGCGAGGAAAAUACUGUGUUUCCUUCCGAGGAUACACUUACACCGAACGGAGCAGAGGCAAUGGAAAUAUUUAUUGGAGGUGCCGGAACCGGAAGACUUGCUCGGGCACACUAGUCACACGAGCCACAUCGGUCUCGGGCAGCUACCCCGAGCCCGGCGAGAAAAUCCCCCACUCUCACCCGCCUAACGUGGAUGCCGUGGCGGUGGCACGGGUGCAGUCAGUGAUAAAUGAACGAGCAAGAUCAGAACUGACGAGUGUUCCAGAUAUUUACAAACAGGAACAAAUGAGGCUGCUCCUGGAAAACGAGAGUGCUGCAGCAGUCCUUCCAACUUUCAGAUCCAUGGCAAGUGGUGCUUACAGAUCCAGAAAGAAGUCCCUCCCAACACAACUCACCAGGCUCAAUGACACUGCAGCAGAUCAGCAUUUUCAAAUGAGUGGUAAGCUGUGGGGAGGGCGUUUCACUGGCGACACAGACCCCGUCAUGGAGAAGUUCAACGCCUCCAUUGAAUUUGACAAGCGAAUGUGGAAGGCUGACAUAGUGGGCAGCCAAGCUUAUGUCAAGGCCAUCUGCAAGGUCGGUCUGGUCACAGAGGAGGAGAGGGACUUAAUCGAUGAUGGGCUUACUAAGGUAGCACAGGAGUGGGAGAAGGGGGAGUUUACCAUUCAGCCUGGAGAUGAAGACAUUCACACUGCCAAUGAGAGGAGACUGAAAGAAUACAUUGGGUCAGUCGCAGGCAAACUACACACUGGCAGGAGCAGAAAUGACCAGUGUGCAACGGACAUGAGGCUGUGGCUGAGAGACAGUCUAGAAUGCAUGUACCCCAUGGUUAAGAACCUCAUCAAUGUAUUCAUACAGAGAGCGAGAGAGGAGGUAGAUGUUCUGAUGCCAGGAUACACUCAUAUGCAGAGAGCACAACCUAUCCGAUGGAGUCAUUGGCUUCUAAGCCACGCCACGGCUUUACAGAGGGAUGCUCAGAGACUGAAGGAGCUCCAAGCACGGGUUAAUGUUAUGCCCCUUGGAGGAGGUGCUCUUGCUGGAAAUCCAUUUAAUGUAGACAGAGAAUUCCUGGCAAAAGAGCUGAGAUUUGCGAGUCCUGCACCCAACAGCCUGGAUGGUACGAGUGGGCGUGACUUUGUCGCUGAGUUUCUCUUCUGGGCCUCUUUGACGAUGGUCCAUCUGAGUAAAGUCUCUGAAGAUCUCAUCCUCUAUUGCUCCAAGGAGUUCGGCUUUGUCAAACUAGCAGAUGCUUACAGUACUGGAAGUAGCCUGAUGCCUCAGAAGAAGAAUGCAGACAGUCUUGAGCUUAUCAGAGGAAAGACAGGAAGAGUCUUUGGCAAGUGUUCUGGAUUCCUGAUGACGAUGAAGGGCCUACCUAGUACAUACAACAAGGACCUCCAAGAAGACAAAGAGGCAAUGUUUGAUUCUUACGAUACCCUUACAGGUGUUAUUCAGGUAGCUACCGGUGUGAUCUCCACCUUGACCAUCAACCCAGAGACGAUGAGAGCAGCCCUCAGCCCAGAUAUGCUCUCGACCGAUCUGGCUUAUUACCUGGUUAGGAAAGGGGUUCCAUUCCGUGAAGCCCAUGGUCUAUCAGGAGAGUGUGUAGCCCUUGCAGAGCAGAAGACUUGUUCACUCACCGAUCUGACUUUGAAAGAUCUCCAGACCAUCCACCCAUUAUUUGAGGAAGAUGUUGUGGGUGUAUGGGACUAUGAGAACAGCGUUGAACAGUACACCAGCUCCGGAGGCACCAGCAAACAGUGUGUUUUGACGCAAGUUGAGCAGCUGGAACAGUGGAUCACGUCUCAUUAAACAUCUUGACGACAGUGAGGCACAUCCACAUAUGCUGCAGGGGUUCUUUAUGUGCUAAAUGAAUUGCAAGGGGAGAUGAUAAAAAGUAGCUUCGCUCAACAAAAGUCCUAUGCGUACUCACUUAGUCAUUUGUACGUGUGUUGUAAGAUACAAAAUAUGUGAAUCGCAGUAGCUUAUAAAGACGCUUCUAAAAAGGAGCGGUGUAAUGGGGCAUACCGUAUGUGAAUGGGCUUUAGACUUCCACCUUAGAUAAAGACUCUUUGAUGUAAUCUGCAAAUUGUGUUGAAGAAUUUCCUUUGGACUAGGGACAGCUAUGUUUACCUUCUUUGAGAAGAUUUUGUACUUUGCGUAGGUGUUGGAUAUAUUUUAUGACAAAAACAAUUGACCCAACUGCUCAACACAUCUAAACAACUCGUCUUGAUUUGUAAUUCUUAAAAGAAAACUUCUAUUUAGGUAUUCUUGUAAUACUUUUAAAGAACUUUCCAUUUAAGGAAAAAAGAACAAGUUAGUGGGAGCCAUUACUGUUGUGUCAUUAAUAGUCAUCAUGUUGUAGUUUAAUUUUAAUGUGUUUUGCUCUAGUUUAGCCAUCUCUCUCACUCUCUUUUCUUUUCUCACCUCUCCUACAUUUUCUCUUUCUCUCUCCCCCAUAUUCUCCACACCUGCCAGACCCUAUCAAAACAAACUAUUCACUGACCCACUUGCUCUAUCCCAUUAUGCGUUCCAACUCUUUUACUCUCCCAGUGAUAACAUUUCCAAUACAAAUGCAUCUUUAUUUUCCCUUCCAAUAUUUUCUCAACCUUGAGUUUCUUCUUUCGACCAGAAUCCGAGGUAGUCAUUCUUCUCAUCAUCCAUGAUUCAUCUUUUCCUUGUUUGAAUGCAUACCAUUCUAUUUCUUGCCAUGGCUGCCUCUUGCAAUCUUCUAUUUGAAUAUGCUUAUUCUUAUUUUUUGGGUAGCUGUUAUCCUGAACAAUAUUGGCCAACAAUGAUUUGAAGGGUUCUAUUGAAUCAGUUACAUACUUUGGUUCUGCUAUUUUGUACUAAAUGAGGAAGGAAUUGGACGUGUUAUUAAUGCUGCUAGUAGUUUACAUUUGUCAUACCUACAUGUACAGGUAGAAACAAAACAAAGUGCAUAUAUAUUUCUGAAAUAUUAAAAGUAUUCUCUCCAUGUGUCUUAUAUUGAAUUGAUGAUGUACAAUAAAUAAUUAGUUUAAAAAUUUAUUUUAAAAAAGAACGGCCAAGAACUUAAGUUUGGUAUCCAAAAGCAAGUUUGCACUAUCCGAUCUUCUCCAGUUCAUGCAGGUUUGGGUUAAUUAAAACAUUAUAUGUAGCAUAUAUUUCUGAAAUGCCAAAAUUACUUUACGUAAAUUACGUUCAAGGAGUUGAGUUGACAGCCCAUGAAUGAAAAA